AUGGGAGCAUUUGCCUUGGCAAUUCUUCGUGUGCGCCUUGAGCAGCGAGGACAAGAACUCCUUGCCACAACUUUCACACGUCCCCUUUGCCAAGUUGUCUUCGUUAUCGUAUUCACCGCAUUCGGCCUGGGUUUUGCAGCCUUUGCAUUUACUGCCGUCGCCCUUUGCUCGAACGCAGGGCCUGUUUGCAAGUACACAGCCUUUGCAUCGACCUUUGCAUGUGGCUACAUGGUUGGGGAAAACAUCGUCUCGUAA